AAUUUAAUCGCCACCAAAUUAUAGCUCAGCGUUUCAGCCGAAGAAGUAUUGUGCUCCUCAGAAAUGGAGUCAACUGCGACAUCCUGCUCUUUCACACUCUUCUUCUUCUUCUUCUUCUUCUUCUUCUUCUUCUUCUUCUUCUCACUCAACGUCUCUGCAACUUCAAAUUCAACCUCUUCCUUCCCAAAACAAGCCUUGCCCACAAAAUCUGGCUAUCUCACUGUUAACGAAACCUCCAAAUCCGCCAUUUUCUACGCUUUCUACGAAGCCCAGAACCUCACUUCACCUCUCUCCCAAACCCCACUUGUUAUCUGGCUCCAAGGCGGCCCUGGAUGUUCCUCCAUGAUCGGCAACUUCUACGAGCUCGGACCAUGGCGAGUCACCAAAUCCCUAAAUCUUGCCCCCAAUCCUGGCUCUUGGAACAGAAUCUUCGGCCUCCUUUUCCUCGAUAGCCCGAUCGGAACUGGAUUCAGUGUCGCCUCCAAUCCUGAUGAAAUCCCCAGAGACCAGAAAUCUGUAGCCAAACACCUCUUCGUUGCUAUAACCAAGUUCAUUCAACUUGACCCUGCUUUCAAGUAUCGCCCAAUUUAUAUAACCGGCGAAAGCUACGCUGGGAAGUACGUUCCUGCAAUUGGGUAUUACAUAUUACACAAGAAUUCUCGAUUGAAUGCUUCACAGAAGGUGAAUUUGGUAGGUGUGGCGAUCGGGGAUGGGUUAACACAUCCUAUAGUACAAGUUGCUACUCAUGCUGUGAAUGCUUACUACCUGGGAUUGAUCAACGAGAGGCAGAAGAAUGAGUUGGAGAAAGCUCAAUUGGAAGCCAUCAGAUUGACCAUACUAGGGAAUUGGAGUGCGGCUACAGAUGCAAGAAGCAGUGCUUUGAGGUUGCUGCAGAACAUGACAGGAUUGGCUACUUUGUAUGACUACACAAGGAAAGCUCCAUACGAAGAUGAUCUGGUCACUGAGUUCUUGAAAUCCAGUGAGGUGAAGAAGGAAUUGGGGGUGAGUGAGACUCUUGUUUUUGAAGGAUGUAGUAAUAAUGUAGGAGCUGUAUUGAAAGAGGAUGUGAUGAAGAGUGUGAAGUACAUGGUGGAAUACUUGUUGACAAAAACCAGAGUGCUUAUGUACCAAGGCCAGUAUGAUCUGAGAGAUGGUGUGGUUCAAGUAGAAGCAUGGGUGAAGAGAAUGAAAUGGGAAGGGAUUGACAAGUAUUUGAAUGCAGAUAGGAAGAUAUGGAAGGUGAAUGGAGAGAUUGCUGGAUAUGUGCAAAAAUGGCAGAGUCUCACAAAUGUUGUGGUUUUAGGAGCUGGCCAUCUUUUGCCCACUGAUCAAUCUGUGAACUCUCAAGCAAUGAUUGAGAACUGGGUUUUGCAGAAGGAUUUGUUUGAGAACGAUCAUGGUCAACAGGAGAAUAUGUUACUAGGUUUUUGAUUGAAAUUAUGAGACACCUGAAUAGGAGGAGCAUUGUUCCUAUCGUACAUGACUCAAAAAACUUGAAAUAGAUUAAGCAUCAUGCUGUGUUCUGUUAUACGUGCUUUGGCCAUAGUUGUUCUUUUGUUGUAAAGCCGGUGAAAUGGAAUCAUGAAGUUUUAACAUUUCAUUGUUGGAAUGACAACGAAUAGCCAAUGAAUAAAUCCUACUUCCUCCCUCAA